CACAUAUUUUUUUGGAAAGGGCAAAAAAAAGGAGAUGAGCUUCAUACUUUCCUAAUUCCAAUUACCAACAUUUACCUCUCUUAGGGUUUCGCCAACCAUUUUUUUCCCCCUGAAAACACAUUCAUAAAUCCCAUCCUUGUCCCCUCCCAUUUCCAGAAUAUUCGUCGAGGGGUGUUUUCCAUUUCCACAAUUCAACGCUUCCAUCAAACCCCUUCACCAUUUUCUUGAUAUCCUUAGAAGUGAAUUCUUCUAUCCAAUGACACCAAUUUCAUUUCCAAAUUGGUGAAUUUUCAUUACUUGUAAGUGGGCUCUUUUUGUCUCCCUUUUAAUUUAUUUUUCUGUUUAACAAAAUACAACAUUUUAGAUUUCCCAGUAGGCGAAAGGUUAUUUUAAUUGGUAUAUUUUUAUUGAUAUUAUCACACUUCAUUGUUUUUAUUUUUCUGGGAUAAUUAAUUUUGUUGGGUUUGUGGAGGAGAAAGGUUGAAAUUUUAUGGGGAAAUCUGGGGGUAGAAGAAAGAAGGGGUCAGGAAACCAAGGUACAACUAGUGAAACUCAUAACCCUAAUGUUGCUAAUAAUGGUAGUAUAGAUUUGGAUUCAGCUGUGUUUUUGAAAAGAGCCCAUGAGAUAAAAGAGGUAGGAAAUAAGAGAUUUCAGGAGAAGGAUUAUGUGGGUGCCCUUGAGCAAUAUGAGAAUGCUAUUAAGCUUAUACCCAAAACUCACCCAGAUAGGGCUGUAUUUCACAGUAAUAGGGCAGCUUGUUUGAUGCAAAUGAGACCUAUUGAUUAUGAUAGUGUAAUUUCUGAAUGCACUAUGGCCCUUCAGGUUCAACCUCGAUUUGUUCGGGCUCUUCUCCGAAGGGCUCGAGCUUAUGAGGCUAUAGGAAAGUAUGACAUGGCUAUGGUUGAUGUGCAAGCUCUUUUGGGUUCUGAUCCUAAUCAUGGGGAUGCUUUAGAUAUUGCUCGUAGGUUAAGGACGGCUCUUGGGCCUCGUCAAGAGGCUCAACAGGAUCUUCAGAGUCGUCCGUCACCUGCAGCUCUUGGGGCUUCUGCUGUUAGAGGUGCGCCUAUUGCAGGCCUUGGACCGUGUUUGCCUGCUAGGCCUCCACCUAAGAAAGGUGGAGGUGCUGGUGGUGCAGCCAAUGGUCUAUCUAGUAACAAGAAUGAAAAGCCACUACAAGUUGUGACAACCGAAAAUGGUCCAGAUGUCAAAACACAAAUGCCGAGAGUUGUUUUGAAACCUGCAAGUGGUUCUUCUAAGCCUAAUGAGAAAUCAUUGAAGGAUCUUCUAAAGGAACGGGCACCCACAUCAUCAGUGUCUGCACCCAAGCCAUCUCAAGAGGCUGUUAUUCAAUGGAGGCAAUUGAAGCUUGUUUAUGAUCAUGAUAUAAGGCUUGCCCAAAUGCCAGUGAAUUGCAGUUUCAGGCUUUUGAGGGAGAUAGUGGGAAAACGAUUUCCAUCAUCAAAAUCUGUUUUGAUCAAGUAUAAAGACAGUGAUGGUGAUUUGGUGACAAUAACCUGUACCAGUGAGCUUAAGUUGGCAGAAACUUGUGUGGACAAUCUUGUGCCAAAAGAUCCAGAAAGUGACAAGUUAGAUUCGUUUGGAAUGUUACGGUUGCAUAUUGUAGAGGUAAACCCUGAUCAGGAACCGCCAAUACUAGAGGAAGAGGAAAAACCUUCGGAAAGUGAGGAGAUUAAGGGAGAUGAGAGUGGCUCUCAUUCUUCACUCGGAGAUUUAGGAGUGGAUUCACAUGAGAUUGAGGUAGAAAAAGCAGAUGAUAAGGCAUCAACAGAAAUCCAAAAGGGGAAAACAGAAUUAUCAGAAGAAGCAGAGUGCAAGGAGGUGGAAAUGGAUGAUUGGUUGUUUGAGUUUGCUCAGCUUUUCCGUAAUAACGUUGGCAUUGACCCUGAUGCUCAUGUCGAUUUGCACGAGAUUGGAAUGGAGUUGUGUUCCGAGGCUCUAGAAGAGACGGUCACAAGUGAAGAAGCUCAACUUCUCUUUGAUAAGGCUGCGUUGAAGUUUCAAGAGGUUGCAGCUUUGGCAUUCUUCAACUGGGGUAAUGUUCAUAUGUGUGCUGCAAGGAAAAAGAUCCCUGUAGAUGAAAAUGCUUCGCAGGAGGUUAAGGCUGCACAACUGCAGAAAGCAUAUCACUGGGUUAAGGAAAAAUAUUCCUUAGCUAAAGAUAAGUAUGAAGAAGCUCUUUCGAUCAAGCCGGACUUCUAUGAAGGUUUACUUGCAAUGGGACAACAGCAGUUCGAGAUGGCAAAGCUUCAUUGGUCUUAUGUUUUGGCAAAAAAAGAGGAUCUUUCGAGCUGGGAUUCCAUGGAUACUUUCAAACUCUUCGACAGUGCAGAGGAGAAGAUGAAGGCUGCAACUGAAAUGUGGGAAAAGCUGGAAGAGCAAAGAGCUAACGAACUGAAAGAUCCUAGCUCGAGCAAGGUGGAUGAAUUGCUAAAGAGAAGAAAAAAAGUGGGAACUGAUGGUGAAGCCUCGGGUAAGAUUCCUAGUGAGCCCACCCCUGAGGAAUUGGCCGAGCAAGCAGCUGUAAUGAGAUCUCAGAUUCAUCUCUUUUGGGGCAAUAUGCUUUUUGAGCGCUCUCAAAUUGAAUUUCGAUUGGGAAUUUCUGAUUGGAAAAAGAAUCUCGAUGCUGCUGUUGAAUGCUUUAAGUUAGCAGGAGCCUCAGAAGCUGAUAUUUCUACAGUUCUAAGCAAUCAUUGCUCCAAUGGUGAUCCUGCAGGAGAGGAGAAGAAGGCUGAUAAUGCGACACAAAGUGCCUCUGCUGAAACCGUUGUGAAGGCUGAAGCAACAUGAUCAAAAUUGAUGAUAAAUAAUCACCUUGCCAGAUUUUAAGGCAUGCUGUCUGAUUAUAACUUAGGUGCAUAUUGAGAAAGAUUUUACUCUUCCAAAUACAUGGCCUGGGUACAAAUGUUGAUGGUCGGAAUACUUGAGAAGUGAGUGGUUGUCGAUGGUUUCUGGACAACUUGUUCGUGCCAUGCUUACCUUCCUACAAUGUAUUACUUUUGUUUUUCUGAUAAUCCAGAACCUUUGAUUGAUAGUUUUUUUGUUUUCUGUUUGGCUUGGUAAAGCUUAAUAUUGAUUUUUGAGUGCCAAGAUUGCAAUGUCUCGAUCUUUGGCUUUAUUCAGUAACAACUCUGAACCCAUCCAUUGAUUAUUAUCUGUGUUCCACCGGCUUGCUUUGAGAACAUGGUCUAACCCGGAUGCAUUUUCACA